AUGGACAACGGCGAACCCCAAGGAGCAGCAGCCGGAGCCCCGGCUUCCAUCUCAUCGGUUGCAGUCCGACUUCCGCCGUACUAUGACAGAAACCCGAGGGUCUGGUUCCUGCAGGCUGAGUCCCAGUUUCAUCUCAGUGGUGUGACGAGCCAGGAGAGCAAGCAUCAUCAUGUCGUCUCGGCGCUGUCGUUGGCAGCAGCCGACGAAGUAUACGACAUCCUUGCGCAACCGUCGGCCACAGCUUCCUACGACCAGCUAAAGGCGGCUCUCCUGCAGAGAACCGAGGCAUCAGAUCGCUCCCGCCUUCAAGAACUUCUUUCGGCGGAAGAACUCGGCGAUCGACGUCCGUCUCAGCUGCUAAGGCGGAUGACUCAGCUCCUUGGAGAUCGCGCCAACACGAUCGGCGACGCUCUGCUGCGGGAGCUAUUUAUUCAGCGCCUCCCAACCAACGUCCAGAUGGUGUUGGCCACCGCUACUGCUCUCGACCUCACAGGCCUCGCAGACCUGGCAGACGCAGUUGUUGAAGUUGCCACUCCACCCGUCGCCAGCGUUACAUCGGCGGCAGAAGACGGAAGUGAAGCUAUGCCUGCCCCGCCAAGCACUCCAUCGUUUGACGGCAACCUCGAGCGGCUUUGCCAGCGGUUGGAAGAGAGUGUUACCGCGGCCACUCACCGGCGAGAUCGUCCACGCACUCAACAACAACGUGGACGUUCGACAUCUCGUUGCAGAAAUGCUGACCGUUCCCGCUCCGCAAGUUCAGCGGACGUCUGCGUAUACCAUCGUCGCUUUGGCUCCGACGCCCGGCACUGCCUUCGUCCCUGCUCCUGGAGCAAACCGAUAGAGGCAACGAGUAGUCAGAACCUACCAGGAAGUCGCCUAUUUUACAUCGCCGACAGGACUACGGGAACCCGUUAUCUCGUCGAUACCGGGGCCGAGGUAAGCGCUGUUGCUGCAAAACGCGCGGAUUGAUCACAGACGCCCAUCUACUACCUUCGGGCUGUGAACAACUCGUCGAUCCCCGUCUACAAGGAACG